AUGCCCCGCUCACCCCCCUCCUCCCUCAACCUCUCCUCAGCGGUCCUCCACCGCCACCUCAACUCCUCCAUACCCGCAAAAAACCUGCUCAUCAUCGCCAGUGACCAUAUCGGGAUAGACCUGAAGAAGACCAUAAGGGAAUUCUUGACGAAUGAUAGGGCCGGCGAGGGGUGGGAUGUACUUGAUGUCGGGCCGCAUGACGCCGCGAGGUGCGACUACCCCGACUACGCCCGCCUCGCCGCCGAAGCGGUCCUCUCCAAAGACAAGCCCUCACCGACCUCCUCCUACACCACCCGUCUCGGGGUCUUGAUCUGCGGCACGGGCAUCGGGAUGUCGAUCGCCGCCAACAAAGGGCAGGGGAUCCGGUGCGCGCUGUGUCAUGACCAGUACACGGCGACGAUGGCGCGGCAGCAUAAUGAUGCGAACAUGCUGGCGCUGGGGUGCCGGACGACGGGCGCGGAUGUGGCGAAGGGGAUUGUGGCGAGUUUUCUGGGGACAAGGUUUGAGGCCGAGCAUCAUGUGGAGAGGUUGCGGAAGUUGCAUGCGUUGGAGGGAGUUAGGUAUUCGCUCUAG